GGGAAAAUGAGCACGCGGAGUCCGAAUCGCCUGCCGGUUAAUCUGGGCGCUUGUCGCGCUGCCUUGACUCGAGCUCAUCGCUACAGACAGUGUCCGCACAUACUUGGCCGUCGUCCCCUCCACACCAGAGCUUCGUGAAUAUGGCAUCCGAAGAGCCUUUGUUUGACCCGGCGCUGAAGAAGCGCAAGAAGAAGACCGUCGCGUUCUCAGAGGACCCGCUCGGUGCUGAAGCCGAUCCUACCACACCUGCACCCGCGACGAUCGAGGAUACGACGACCAAUGGCGAGGCGGUGGAUUUGGGGCCGAAGACGAUGCAUGAGCAGAUGAAACAGAAUGGGGAUGUGGAUGCGGAGGACGGUGUUGAGGAGAAGAAAGAGGAUGAGGACCUCAAGGCGAUGUUCGGUGAUCUGAAGAAGAAGAAAAAGAAGAAGGAUAUUCCUAUGGACUUGCCGGAGGACAACUCAGGCACCUCGACGCCCACGACCGUCCCAGCUGCGACCGAGGAUCUUGACUUCUCCGAUCUCAAGAAGAAGAAGAAAUCCUCGAAGAAGAAAGCUGCUCUGGACAUGGAGGCAUUCGAGAAGGAGUUGCACCAGGCAAAGGCGAAGGAUGCCGAUGAGGAAGAAGGCGGGGAGGAGCUUGUUGCUGAGGUCGACGAGGCGGAGCUCGGCGAUGACCCGUUCGCGCGGAACGAGGGUGUCGUCAGCACGGACGCAGGCAAUGAGCCAUGGCUCAGCAGCGAUCGCGACUACACAUAUCAAGAGCUCCUCCAACGAUUCUACGCUCAACUGCAUGCAAUCAAUCCAGCCCUGCUCAACUCUACGGUUAAGCGUUAUACCAUCGCGCCCCCGCAAAUGCUCCGUGAAGGCAACAAGAAGACUAUCUUCGCCAACGUCUCCGACAUAUGCAAGCGUAUGCACAGGCAGCCAGAGCAUGUCAUCCAAUACAUGUUCGCGGAAAUGGGUACCACCGGUUCGGUGGACGGUUCCGGUCGGUUGGUUAUCAAGGGUCGCUUCCAGCAGAAGCAAAUCGAACACGUUCUCCGUCGGUAUAUUGUCGAGUACGUCACGUGCAAGACGUGCAAGUCGCCCGACACCCUUCUCAGCAAGGAGAACCGUAUAUUCUUCAUGUCGUGCGAGUCUUGCGGGUCACGGCGUUCCGUCGCCACUAUCAAGACCGGUUUCCAGGCGCAAGUCGGGAGGAGAAGCAAAAACAAGACCGGCUGAUUGGUCAGGUCUGGGAGGAUGCUGUAGCCUAUCGUGCCUCGCGCAUAUGUACUCAUUGCAUUUCAUUGCACACCGCCACUGUAUACUACCUGUCAUUGACGAGCAACGAUUGCUACACAUGGAGAGAACGCUGGACGUGCGCCGCAGUCAUUCCAACACAAACAUUCUUGGCAUACAUAUACAAGGCUACUAUAGAGUGC